GGAUUUUAUCUCAAGCUUGGCCAGAUCUUGGCCAGCAAGACCGACAUGCUCCCCCAGCCGUACACAGAGUCACUCAGCCGUCUGCUGGAUCGGUUGCCACCGGCGCCAUUCCGCGUCGUACGCCGUACCAUUCAAGCCGAGCUGGACGCCCCUCUGGAGGCGCUGUUUCGCGAGCUGGAUCCUUUUCCUCUGGCUUCUGCCACUAUUGCCCAGGUGCAUCGAGGUCAGCUCCCCGAUGGGCGGCAUGUGGUGGUGAAGGUGCAGCACCGCUCAGCUCGCCGCAUGAUGCGGUCCGACCUGGCUAAUCUGGUCGCGCUCUCGGGCCUUAUGGAG